CGUAAGUACAAUCAUCAGUCUAUAGAGUAUGAUUUCUAGCAGCAAAAAUAGAACUAACUCAGGCUUUCCCAAAAUGGUACCGCUCUUGCCUGUUACCGUAAUCGAAAGCACCGUGCUCCUCCUUCCUUAGUCACUUCUUUCAUCCACCCCGCCAUCCAUCAAUCUUCGCUGCUGACGUUAUGGGAACAUUGUAACAGACCAUCCUGCCCUCAUCGAAGCCAUGGGCUGGGCGGCGUCUAUUACCCUGGCAGUCACAUCUGCGAUCAUAUACAUUUGGAUUGUCCAGUUCCUGUACAACGGACUCACUUCAUCCCUCCGCCGAGUCCCAGGACCCUGGUACACCAAAUUCACCCGCCUUCCUCUUAAACUCACCAUUAUCACUGGCGAGCGCGUCAACUACGUUCACCAACUACACCUUAAAUAUGGCCCAGUCGUCCGCAUUUCUCCCGACGAAGUCGCCGUCUCGUCCUAUGCAGAGGUAAGGGAGAUCCAUCGCGCCGGCUCCCCAUUUCUCAAGGGGGAUUGGUACGAAAAGGUCAGUAAUCCCAUUAGUAUUGGGGUCCUAGCCGAGAAGGAUCCAAAGAAGCACGCUCAGAAACGGAAAAUGUUUGCCCGUUCGUUCACAAAGAUGGAGUUGCGCAGGAACUGGGAAUUCGUUGUUAAGGAGAAAGCAAAACUUGCUGUUCAGCGGAUUCGACAAGAUCUGGAGUCGUCGAAUGGGGUGGCGGAUAUGUACAAAUGGUGGUACUUGUUUUCGACGGAUACUGUUGCGCAUUUGAUGUUUGGAGAAUCUUUCGAAAUGCUUCAAUUUGGCAAGAAAAAUAAAUACAUUGAAUUCCUCCAAUCAUCAAUUACAGGGCUUGCUAUCAAUGUCGAGCUUCCGAUCUUUGGCAUGAUUGCACCCUAUAUCCCUCUCUCAGCCUUUCAGACCAUGUUCCGGGCAAACGAUUACAUUCUCGAGUAUGGUCACAAAGCCGUGGAGAACGCCAAACGUGUGGGCAACUCCACGGCCAUUUUCACAGAAAUGAUCAAUGAAUCUAAAAAACAGCACUCCAAAGUCACCGACGCCGACGUCUCCAUCGAAUCCGGGAAUCUCAUUGUCGCCGGGUCUGACAGUACCGCUAUCACGUUGACGUAUCUGAUCUGGGCUAUUCUCUCGCGUCCCACCCUCCAAAAGCAGAUCGAGGAUGAAGUUGCUCAACUCACAGAUGGUUAUGACGAUAUAACCGUCGAAUACCUUCCCCUCCUCAACGCUGUCAUGAUGGAAAGCCUUCGUUUGUACAGCUCAACGCAGGGCGGUCUACCUCGCGUCGUACCAAAGUCCGGAGCUACUUUUCGUGGUUUCUUUAUACCAGGGGGCACUACCGUGAGCACACAGAGCUACACUAUCCACCGAGACCCUAGCCUAUUCGUCGACCCCCUCGUCUUUGACCACACACGUUGGAUGCAUGCUCGAUUCGGCGAGAAGGAGAAUCCCCGCGCAGUAACAAUGGAGGGGAGACUAAUAUUCGCUCCUUUCGGCAUGGGCCCUCGCAUUUGCAUUGGGAUGUAUCUCGCCUGGAUGGAAUUGCGGAUGGCAACGGUGGAAUUUUUCCGGCAGUGCAGGGGUGCUCGUUUGGCGCCGAGUACUACGCCGGAGAGUAUGCAGCCGCUGAACUUUUUCAUCAACGUGCCUAAGGCUGGGAAGUGCGAGAUUACGAUGGAACGUCAGCCAUUGUUUUAGGAAAAUGAGUGAUACAGCCUGCCAUUUUGUAUCAGCGUAGUCUUGCAUGACAGUAGAAACGGAAUUCGUAUGCUAAAGUUGAGAUCUAAUCUAAUCUAAUAAACCAACUCCUGUAAUGUAACGGACUCUAACUUUUGGUAUUAAUAUGCAUUAACAUAAUCACUUCCACGCCUGACUCCAUCUUAGUCUUAGUAAGGCAUUACUCAUCUCAUCGCCAACCCCGACAUAUCCAUCAACCCAAUCGGCAUCAUCUCGCUCCCCGACGAUGCCGACGACCCUGCCUUCGAAA